AUGACUCUUGCACCUCCAAUGACAUCUGAUCAUACUGAUCUGAAGGCAUCAGAGUCCGAAGAUGCCUUUAAGUCGCAACAUUUGGAGUCAGCAGCAAAGCUAAUCAUAGAAUUUGGAUCUCCAUUGCAGCUACAACAACUUAUCAGAGUUGAAAACCGCGACCAAUUUGAUCAGUACUUGUGUGCAGUAGAUGAGGUUCAGCAAUCAAUAAAGUCAGGAAUAUUGGGAUGCUCAAUCCGUGCAACCGCUUCUGAUUCUUUGAAUUCCACUGUUUACUCUAGUAGUCUGUCCAGCACUAGUUAUGAGUUGCAGGGAAGCAAUCAAACGUCCCAUCGCGAGCUCUCCACAGAGGAAGUUUAUUAUCUCCGUGACAUUGUAAAGAAGCUGGACUCCACAGGAUGUCUUGGGGACUGCCCUGACGUGCACAGAAUUUCAAGGAAGUCCGCGGUGGAAGCAAGGCUUCUGCAGUUUCACAUUAGGAACUGGACCGCUAAUGACUUGCAAAUUUUGGACAGUGUACAGUUUGCUGAAAAAAUUAGAAUGUGGAUCCAAGCAGCCAACAUAUUCGAACAUGUUGCAGUUGAGUUGAACAAUUUUGCGGAAGCUGCAAGUACUAUUGCCUCAUUUGCAAAACUCUUUGCAGUUUUGGAUCUGUACAGGGCUCUUUCUGUUAUCUUGCCUAUGAUUCAAGAUAUUUUCCAUUCUGUUUCAAGCAUAUCCCGCGGGGCAAUUAAGACUAUAAAUAGCCUCCCCACUCUAGUAAGAAAAUUGUUCAGCAGCUUUGAGGAUACUGUGCUUAAUGAGCUAUCGAACGCUCCAAUUCCAGAAGGGAAAAUUCAUUUUCUGACAGAAUAUGCAAUGAUAUAUCUGACUAGAAUUUCACUGCACAAGGAACUGCUAACACAUAUAAUUGUAUCGAAACCGACUAAAAGCCUGAGAAAUCAGGAAGAUGACCUGUUUCUGGAUGCUUCAGGUGGAACCCCAUUAGAACUUCACAUGAUCUGGAUCAUAAUAAGCUUAAAAAUCAAUUUGGAGCGUAAAUCUGAAUUAUACCAAGACUCCACGUUACGCUAUGUAUUCCUCACAACCAAUGUCAACUACAUAAUCAAGACUAUUACAGCAUAUCCGGAACUACUAAAGAUGAUUGGGAAGGAGUAUCUAUCAAAGUUGAGCAACUAUGUCGUGCAGGCAGCACAGGACUAUAUUUCAUCCAUCUGGCACAGGGUUUUGCACUGCUUAAGAGACGAUGGACUACAUUAUCAGAUUCCAUUUUAUAAUGGAAUAUCGAGGAAAUCUGUGAAAAAUAGGUUCAAGGCUUUCAACACUACAUUCGAAGAGGUUUGUCAGACUCAAUCUAGUAUGCUUGUGCCGGAUAUUCACAUACACUGUCAGCUUCAUAAGCAGAUGAUAAGUAAUUUGCUUCCGGCUUAUGAGUCGUUUCUGCAAAAAUAUGGUAUGCAGAUACAGGGUGAAAGGUACAAGGAGAGAUACAUCAAGUAUACAUCAGAGGAGCUCAAGUUCAAGAUGUUAUCAAUUACUGAAGCUAAUCUAGCUCUAAAUUCAUUUGAAUAG